ACACCAUGUAACUUUUCAACCUUCAUAAUAAAAUUUCAAGACCCUUGUGAUAGUACAUCGACUUUAAAUAGGUUGAAUGACAUGUCUACCAUACCAUGACGGUGUCUGUAUCGCUUUUAGUCGUACUUUAAAACUUAAGGUUUGUGGUAGUAACCAGAGCACAAAAAAAACUACAAAAUUCGACUGCUUUACGGCAUACGUCACUUCCUCCACUUCCUUAAAUUCGGACGUGAGAGCGCAGCUGCUUAUUUACGGAUGUUUUUGUCAUGGCCGAAGCAACAACCACGAGAAAGAAACGCAAGGUUUUGUCUGAGGAGACCAAAAAGAGAAAACGGGAGAGUGAUCGAAGUAAAGCAAGGACGAGGAUCAUUAUUGGGCCAGCGUUUGCUCGCUGGCGUGAACUGAAGGAGGAGGAGGGCUUCGUGACCGAUGCGGACUUGGCCGUCAUGCUUUUGGACUACUACGAAAGCAGAGGUCCAGCAACUUCCACACCAUAUAAAGGAGAGGGCACAUCAAAACCUCCUGGACCACCAGUAUCGAGUGUUACAGACUCUUCGGAUCAUGACAGGGGGAGAGAAAUGGUCCUUUCCGGUGUAGAGGAGUUGAUCACAGAAAGUCAAAAAGUUGAUGUGCUUGAAUCAAGUAUGCACUCGUUGGCUAUUUCAGAGGAACCUGAUGAUGACCUAGAGGCUGCUAAUGAUUUGCAGAAUAGUAUGAUUGAGAUGGAGGAAGCUGUUUGCUUGGAAGAUGAAGACUCUGAUGAGGAUUAUGUUCCUUUCUAUCUACGGUCUACAAGAAGGGGGGCAGAGAUAGAGAAGCUACCUGAAAUACACAUAGAUGAGGCUGUGCUGGAUGUAGAGGAUGUGCCCAUAGUUCCUGAGGAAGACCAACGCUUUCCUUUCGAACACAAAGUUGAGACUGUAGAGGACCUCAUAGGAAAGAAAGCGAACAUCUGCUACAAUGACAACUUGCUCUCUCUUGCAAGGUACAUGCAGUUACCUGUACAGUUCUGUCAGUUCAGAGACCCAAUUCUGGGGACACAAUGUAAUGGAAGGCCUCCUUUUCAUGUGCAAUUGAAAUCCAGAGGGACAGGUGUCAUUCUUGAAUGGGUUUGCACUCACGGCCACACAGUUUGGCACUGGAAUUCCCACCAGUCCUAA